GUUCAGCAUCGCUCUACACUAUAAGGACACCCUGGAAUUUUUGGAGCACCGAAUGCCUGAACUGACAAUCAGAUACCAUGAAAAUAGACAGAAGUGUGUUGUUAAGCAAGAUCCUGAUGUUAAAGUUCCCCCUCCCUUGCCCAAUGGCCAGCCCCAGGUGGAGUCAACAGAAAUGGUGGAACCACCAAAUGCUACACCAGCUUUGGGAGGCAUCUCUAAGCCUUGCUUCAGACAAGUCACCGAAGCUGGUCCAGGUGCUUUAAGACCAUUGCAGAAUGGACUCCACUCCGGCAUACCUGUCCCCUUCACCAUAGUUCCGAACCAUCCAUCCUUUAAGGAGCAACUUGGUGCCUCUUCAGAUGAAGAUAGCAGUUCUUCACAGCCUCACUCUGAUAUCCCAGCCCAGCAGUCCAGCGUGUGCCAGUUUGGGGGACCAUCUGCAGCCAGAGAGGUAUCACGUCCUAUAGAUGCCCAAGUGCCAAGCAAAUCCAGCCUGACUCAUUCUGAGCACCUGGAUGAACUGAAGCAGCAGGUGGCCCACAUCCUUGCCAGACACCCUGAGGGCAUGUCGCUGUUCCAGUUCCGUGCCACCUACAGCAUGACCUAUCAGCAUCACCUGCCCCUGGGAAAUGCCUCCUCUGCAAAGCAGCGGCUGCUGGAAAUGUCAGACAUUGUUUCCAUGAAAGGCUGUGGAGUUCAAACAUUGCUACUGCCUGUGUCCCCUGAAGAGCCACCUCCAAAGCUUGGGCCACCUGUCUUUUCCAGGGUGGAAAACGCUGCCAUGGUUCUGGCUGACUCUUUGCCCAAAGCUGUGGUGAGGCCUGAAUCUGUGGUGGUCUCCAAGCCUUCCCUUCUCAAGACUCCGAUACAGCCUCAGCCUUACGCUACUCACCCCCUGGCUUCAGAUCACCUCAGAACACGUGACGUCAAGGAGAACAGUGUUCCCCCUACGGAGCUAUUCUCAACCAUACCAACAGUGGUACAGAAGCCUGUGGGGCCCAAGGUCAUCUUAAGAGGUCAUUCUGAUUCCUCUAAAACAGAAGCUGCAAAGAAUCUUGGCAAUUUUUUGCCUGAAGCUGUGGUGAAAAUUGAACCUGUAGUGAUUCCAGAGUCUAGUAGUAGGCCUCUUUCUAGGACUGCAGCAGUGCCUGUGCCUCAGCUCCUUCCCUCUGUCCCCUCUUCUUCAACAUGUCUCAGAGCGUCAAGUAACAAGGAGAGUUCUUUCCGACCAGAAUCUCUGCCCCCUCAAAUACCCAAACCAUCAGUUCCUGUGGAAAAGAAUGUAAGGUUCAGAAUCAUGCCAGGAGAAAAUCUUUUGAUUCCCCAUUCCCCCGUGAUAUUCCCUGCAGACAUUGACAGUUUUAAUCCUGCCUUUUCUGUCAAUGUCCCAGUUCCUUCCCUCUUUCAACCUGUCCUUGCUAAUAUAACCAUGUCACAGCCAGUCGUAUAUUUUCCUCUCACCCAUCUUCCACACACUCCAGCAUCGUCCCAGUCAGUGUCCAGAACCCUUUCUACAGCCCAGCUGCAAAAGACAGAAUUGGUGAGCUCCCACCUUACUCAGCCAGCAUCCCAAGGCAGAACUGCGAAGCCAACAUCUCCCAUUCAACAUGCAGAACAGAUUGACCAUACUCACGCUGCUGAAGGGAUAGAUGCAUUACAGAGUACUUCCAGAACAUGGGGCCCAGGACGUGGCCGAGCUCCUGGUUUCUCUGCAGAUGGGUGUCCUGUUUCUUCACCUUCUGUGAAGCCACCCAGCCUUCAGCCCCUCAACUCCCCAUCUAUCCAGCAGCUAGAAAAUGUUCACCAUACGUGGUUGAGCAGUAUGCCAUGCAGCUCUGUUCCUACAGUGGACGAUAGAGUGGUUGCUUCAUCUUCAGCCAGAGUGCCUUCAAAGCCAGUAGUACCUGCACAUCAGAAGCAGUAUGAUGUUGUGGAUGCUCCUGUAACCACCCCCAGAACACCCUUAUCUAGUGUAUCCCAUCAGCCUGCCUCAUCUUCCUAUAGGAGUCACACUGAAUCUGAUACUGCACCUUUUAAUCCUCUAGUCUCCAUGCCUCAGCCUCACCACAUCCGUGUGGAUUCUGCUGUAGCCUCCUCAAAUGCACACCCAUCCAUCUUACAUUCUUCUCAAGGAUCCCCCAUCAGCACAGCAAGCCAGCCUUCCUAUGUUUCUUUUAGGCCGAAAACAGGUUAUGAUGCUUCCCACCAUAGCAAGCCCUUGCCAGGAGUUUCCAGGGAAGGUAGUGGGCAGGACAGUCACCUUCUCACUUUGGGUGAUAACCAGAAGUACCACUUCAAGGAAGAGUCAACACAGCCCUCUGCUCUACAGAACAGCCCACCCCCCCGAAGGUCUGAUAAUUGUGUCAUCCUUUAAAAUCAAGCAGUUGCCCUGUGGCAGCACUUAUGUAUGGGUAAUUUUUUUGUCUUUAGGAGGGUGGCGAUUACGAUGUGCUUGAAUGAGUGCAUCAAAAACUUGCAAGACACACAGCUUUGUAAACUGCAUCAGGCUUGGUUACCUACAUGGAGGGUUCAGGGAAUCUUGAUUCACAUGUGGAUUGUUGCACUUUGUGCAUGGGCUGGGAAGGUGCAACUUGUGCCCCAGAAACCUCAUCUCACAGGCAGCUUGGGAGACCUUCCUCACUGAAGCAUAAAGCAAAAAGAUCCCAUGUCAAAAGGGACGGUGCAGGCUGAUGACAAAAGAGAAGGGGGUUUAAUUGACCAGUAGGCAGGUAUGAUGUCUGUGCUAAAUGAUAGGUGAAUGUUAAUCCUGAACCAAGAUCUAUAUUCAGAUCUUGUGAUCUGUGUUCAUUGUAUAGCUGAGCUGUAGUUUACCAACACAUAUUUUACGUAAUUUUGACUUUAAUGGUGGCAUGGAAUGCCUUUUGCCAUUAAUGCCCCUUUGGCUCUUAAAAUCCCAAUUUGUCCUGCCCUUCUGAUUUUUUUUUUUAAAAUCAGGAGAGAGAGCACCAUAUAAAUCAAUAUAAAAUAUAAAUAAAAAAUAAAAUAAAAUAGGCCAUUACCAAGUCUAUAUGCCUGACAACCAUGAGGGUUAGAAACCUUUAAAUUUGGGGGGGGUUUUUCAGAAUUUUAGAAGAUGGUAUCUAGAUGAAGGUCUACUGGUUCUUCCAGUGACUCUCAUUACUGGAUUCAGUGGGAGCCAUGUGAUAAUGAUGUGUGAUCCAUGCUUAUUGUAGGAAGGAAGUGAUAUGAAGGAUUUACAUCUGGUUGUACACUUAGUGUCAAGCAUGCGGGUUCAAUGACAAAUCAAAGUUGAUACAAAGACUACAUUUAUUGAUAGGCCGAUACUGUUGGCAUAGCCAUUUCUUGAGAGUAUGAUACAUUGAUACAAUACUUUUAAGGCUUACUUCAAAGGAAUUCCAAGGGAUGGGGUUGCGGGGUAGCAUUCACACAAAAACCAUCAUAAAUGUCUACGUUCCCAUAGCGUUAUCAGGACUUCAUCCUUGCUUUCUCCUGAUGUCCCAUACUCCCUGGGAAGGCACUGAUUACUUAGUUUCUGUUCUCGCUACUUCUAAUUACAAGCCAUAAAGCAAGAAAGGGGGAAGGUAAAGAAUAACAAGCUAACAUAAUGGGUUUCUUCAUGACACUUCACAGAUCAGGUUUAGGCAGGACCCUAAAACAAUCAAUUAUCAAUGGAAUUUCACCAUGCUUGACACUUGGUGCAGUAACCAUCUCAAAGAGAUGGCCUUUGCUUCCUUUUUGUUUUUUCCUUAAGCACAUCGUGUGUUUUUUUGUUGUUCAUUAAAGUCUGUUUACUGAUGUG